AGAGACGAAAGCAAGAGAAUGGAGGGGGAGCGCGAGCGACGGAAGGCGCUGUUUCAGAUCCCACUCGCCACUUCCUGGAUUUUCCUCCUACACCUUCCCCUCCCUCUCCCUUUACACGAAGGAACGAUGAGAUCCUAAUUCGCGAAAAUUAGGGUUCAUUUCACGGUCAUCUCUGUCAAUAGUUCCAUUGUGUUUUUGCGAAAAUGGAUGUGCCUACUCAUGAUGGACACUAUCUGAAACGUGGGUUUACAGAGGUUUCUGAACCCAGAAAGGGAGAUGCAAAUAGAUAUGAAGAAGACGAUGAAUGUGAAAAUUCUGAAAAGAAGAAGCUCCGAUCUGGCAAGUCAAGGAAGCAUAGUAAUGUUGACGACUCUGAAGAUUGGGAACGCGAAGCCAAGGGACGAGCUUCUAUGGAGCGAAAUGAGAGUAGGGGAAGAUUGAAUGGGUCGACUAGGGCAGAUGAUUUCGUAGAAGAUGAUUAUGAUGGUAGAAGAGAAUUACACUCAAAGAUGCUGAGGGAAAACGUAGAUUUUGUGGAACAAGUUAGCCAUGGAAGCAGUAGCGAGAAGAGAGAGAAGAAUGACAGGAAGCUGGGCAAUGGGUAUUCCGAUAUUUUGCCAGAAACUGGAAAAUGGAGCAAAGAUGAUGUUUCCAGUAAGAAAUACGGUCGGUUGGAGGAGGAAGUUGGGGCCCGAAAGCUUGAUGAUGACGAUGAAUAUUUUGAUGAGAAUGAUCGUCAAACAUCACGAAAACUGAGCGGAAAAGGUUCAGGUCAGGAAGGUUCGUGGAACAAAUCAAGAGCCAAACCAGAAUUUUCUGUGGGAGACCAGCCUGACAGAACUCCUGAUAAGUUAAUCAAAGAAGAGUCUGAUGAACGAUAUUCAGAGAGGAAAGAGAGCAGCAGGGAGAAAGGCCAGGGAAACCGGAGCAAUAAGCAGGACGCUCAAGAGCGGGAAAGGAACCCACGGAGGAAGUGGGAUGAACCUGAUGUGGCUAGGAAGGCUCACUUUGUAGUUGAUGAUGGUUAUACCGACAAAGAAGAUUCAAGGGGCGGGAAGGUUUCUGAUAAGCAUGAGUUCUCACGUGAAAGAGCUGUUGAUGCAAGGAUGGAACCAAUUGACACCUCUCCUAGAAACCGUAGCAGAUAUGGAGCUUCUAGCCAUGACAAAGGUGACAAAGCAUGGACUCAAGCAAGUGAAAGUAAAUCUGUCAGAUCGAGCGGUAGGGAGGAUAAUAGAGUUGAGUCCGAAAGGAGCAAGACCAAAGGCAGGUGGGAUUCACGUGAAGAGGACAAUGACGAUAACAGGAUGGUCACUGGCAGCCGUGAGCACAGAGAUGAUACAAGGGAUGAUAGGACAAGAAGACCGAAAGAAAAGCUUGAUUCCGCAGAGGAUGUUGAGUUGGGUGCCCGCAGGCUGAGCUAUAAAGUUCACGGUGAGAAACAAGAGAAAUAUAGGGAGCAUAGGGGCUCCACUCAUGGUGGGCAUGAUGAUACAGAAAGCUGGGAGAGGUCAGUUAAUACUGAUGAUGAAGGACAUACGGACAAGGCAAGAUUGAGGAAUAGGAGGGACUCUACCUGGGAAGACCUUGAUGGUAGAGGCAGGUCCGGUAAUGCGACUAGGAGCACGAGGGCUGUAAAAAAUUCAAGGAGAUCCAGAAGCCCUGAAGGAAGUGGACACUAUCGUCAAGACUCUGAAGAGCUUGAGAGAGGUUUCUCAGACGACAGAGCUGAAUCGGAUAAUGAAAGAAGCAUCAGUUUCAAAGGAAAGGAUAGAGAAAGGGAAGAAAGCAGAGAUGACAGAUCCAGGGGUAGAGGCCAUGGUUUUAGUAGGAAUAGGGAGUGGGAGGAUUCAAAAGAUGCUUGGAAGAAAAGACAAAGUAGGCAUGAGAAAGGUAUGAAAGAUGGGGAUGUAGAUUCUGACUAUGAUAAGGAACGAGAAUCCAGUAGACGCGAAAGGGAGAGGAUGGAUGUUGAUAAGAUCCAUGAAAGGCCUGCAUACAGAAAGGACAGAGGCAGAAUGGAGGGUACAAAAGGGGCAUCAAGUUAUGUAUCCGGAAAUGAAAAUCCAGAUACUUUUGCUGUUCGACAGAAGUCCAUCGAUUGUGAAAGAGAGGAAUCUGGAUCCAGUGUUAUGGUUAGGAGAGGCGAGGCAAGAGGCCUCCCUGACUUUGUUUCAGGCCUUCCUGAGGAAGAUUGGGGUUAUCCGUCCAGUGAUAGGACAAGGAUAUCUGAUGCUUAUACUUCAGGAGAAGACCUGCAGGAGCGAUAUGCUGAUGAUGGCUCCCCUCUGAUUGAUCAGAACAUUGGUUUGGAUACAGCAAGGGUUGACUGUGAUGUAGCAAAUUCUGGAAGAGGAAGGGACUUAAAGACCACUAUGAGUCCUAACUAUGCUUCUGUUGGCCAGACAGCUACUGGCAUGCCAUCUCCUUUUGGGAGCAACCAAGGAUCAGUAUCAUAUAACAGAAUAGUCCAGCAAGGAGGAAAGGUUGGCAGAGCUGGUCGAGGUGGACGAGGAAGACUGCCAACAAGAGAUGCACAAAGGAUUGGAAUUCAUGGUCCGAUGAUGGGAAACCCGUUUGGUCCUCUUGGUUUACCCCCUGGUCCUAUGCAGCCUAUAGGCCCAAACAUGUCACCUGCUCCAGGCCCUCCAAUUGGCCCUGGUCUUUAUAUGCCUCCUUUUCCUGCUCAUAUAGUCUGGCCAGGACCUCGUGGUGUAGAUAUGAACAUGUUGCCUGUCCCACCUGGUGUGUCUCAUGUUCCACCACCUGGACCUUCGGGGCCUAGAUAUGCCCCUCCGAUUGCAGCUGCUCCAGGUCAUGCUAUGUAUUUUAAUCAACCUGGUCCUGUCAGAGGCGUUUCAUCUAAUAUUCCUGCUCCUGCUUUUGGUGGUUCUAAUGCAAUACCGCUUGGACGUGGCAUGGGGAAUGAUAAACCACCUAUGGGUUGGGUGCCUCCAAGAAGUAGUGGGCCUCCUGGUAAAGCACCAUCUAGAGGUGAACAAAAUGACUAUUCUCAGAAUUUUGUGGACACAGGUAUGAGGCCACAAAAUUUUAUCAGGGAGCUAGAGCUUACUAAUGUGGUGGAGGACUACCCAAAACUCAGGGAGCUUAUUCAGAAGAAGGAUGAGAUUGUUCAAAAGUCUGCUUCUCCACCAAUGUAUUAUAAAUGUGAUCUAAAGGAACAUGCUCUUUCUCCAGAGUUCUUUGGAACAAAAUUUGAUGUGAUCCUUGUGGACCCACCUUGGGAGGAAUAUGUUCAUCGUGCUCCUGGCGUUGCAGACCAUAUGGAAUACUGGACUUUUGAAGAAAUACAAAAUCUUAAAAUUGAGGCAAUUGCAGAUACUCCUUCAUUUAUCUUCCUUUGGGUAGGCGAUGGUGUGGGACUCGAGCAAGGUCGUCUUUGUUUAAAGAAGUGGGGAUUUCGAAGGUGCGAGGAUAUUUGUUGGGUGAAGACUAAUAAAUCAAAUGCUACCCCGGGAUUGCGCCAUGAUUCUCACACAUUGUUUCAGCGUUCCAAGGAGCACUGCCUGAUGGGUAUAAAGGGGACUGUUCGCCGUAGCACAGAUGGGCACAUUAUCCAUGCCAAUAUUGACACAGACAUAAUAAUUGCUGAAGAACCACCAUAUGGUUCAACAGCAAAACCAGAAGACCUUUAUCGAAUAAUUGAGCAUUUUGCACUUGGUCGUAGAAGAAUCGAGCUUUUUGGGGAGGACCAUAAUAUACGUGCAGGCUGGCUGACGGUUGGAAAAGGUCUAACUUCAUCAAAUUUCAAUUCGGAGGGGUAUAUCAGGAACUUUGCUGACAAAGAUGGAAAAGUUUGGCAAGGAGGUGGUGGUCGCAACCCUCCACCAGAUGCACCCCAUCUUGUAGCUACAACUCCAGAGAUAGAAAACCUCCGGCCAAAAUCUCCACCACAAAAAAAUCAGCAGCAGCAGACGUCAUUCAUUUCUCAGGCCGCAUCAAGCUCUUCCAACAAAAGAGCGACAGGCAAUUCACCGGGACAGCAGAACCAGAUUGGUCCCACGCUAACGCCAUCUCCACCAGGUAUUGGCCUGAACCAGGAGGUGUCCAGCUUGAAUGUUCAGGGUGGGAUUCCAUGGGGUUCACCUCUGGGUAUAAAGAGCAUAGAGACCGGGAAUAUGAUGGCAGAUGAUAAAUUUUUUGAAAAUUAUGGGACAAAUGUAUCGUGUGGACAGGGUAGUGGGGAGCCUGUCGAUUUUGAUUCUCAGAGAACACUAAAUAUGAUGUGAUUUUUUCGUUCAUAUUCUGGCAUGGUUGCCAAAAAAAUAUCCAUUUCUCAUA